AUUUCCACCGCUAUAAAUAAGCUUUUGUCGCCUUGCAAUUUUCACACUCUUCUACGUAUAGUACGUGCAUACAAUGGCAGAGAUGGGUUCUGAAACUAACUUGAAUUCCGCCAUUAAUGGCUGCUCGUCCAAUACAGAUGAUACUGCAGGCAAGGUCAUAACUUGCAAAGCUGCCGUGGCUUAUGGUCCCGGGCAGGCGUUGGUUGUGGAGGAUGUAUUGGUGGCGCCGCCUCAGGAAUCGGAGGUCCGAGUGAAGAUCCUUUACGCUUCUAUCUGCCAUACAGAUCUCAGUGUCUUGAAAGGGGAGAAUGAAGCUCACAAUGUUUUCCCGCGUAUUCUGGGACAUGAAGGGUCCGGUGUGGUAGAGAGCGUGGGAGAAGGUGUGAGGGACUUGAAAGCCGGAGACAAGGUGGUGGCGGUGUUCAACGGAGAAUGCGGCAGCUGCAAGUACUGCGAGUCCAGCAAAACCAACCUAUGCGAGAAAUUCAGGGUGGAUCCCGGCAGAAGCGUGAUGGUCGGAGACGGGAAAUGCAGAUUCUCCACUAAAGAUGACAAACCAAUAUACCAUUUCCUCAACACUUCCACCUUUUCUCAAUACACUGUCAUCAAUUCUGCUUGCGUUGCCAAGAUUGACCCCAUCGCUCCCCUCAAAAACAUGACUUUGCUUAGCUGCGGUGUCUCUUCCGGAGUUGGAGCUGUAUGGAAUACAGCCGACGUUCAAGCUGGCGAAACAGUAGCGGUUUUUGGCAUGGGAGCAGUAGGGUUAGCGGUAGUAGAAGGCGCAAGAGUUAGAGGAGCAUCAAAGAUUAUUGCAGUUGACAUUAACUCUGACAAGCGCAUCAAAGGUGAAGCUAUUGGAAUCACACACUUUAUAAACCCAAAGGAAAUAGAUAAGCCCGUUCACCAGGAAAUUCGGGAAAUGACAGGAGGAGGGGUGAAUUAUAGCUUUGAGUGUGCUGGAAACGUGGAUGUUCUUAGGGAGGCUUUUUUGUCCACCAUCGAUGGUUGGGGAUUGACCGUAAUGUUGGGCAUCCAUCCGAGUCCAAGGAUGUUGCCAUUCCAUCCAAUGGAGUUAUUUGAUGGGCGAAGAAUUGUUGCAUCUGUCUUUGGUGAUUUCAAGGGAAAGUCACAACUCCCUAAUCUUGUGAAACGAUGCAUGGAAGGGGUAGUGAAGCUCGACGAGUUCAUAACCCAUGAAAUGCCAUUUGCCAACAUUAAUGAAGCCUUUCAGUUGCUUGUUGAUGGCAAAUCUUUGAGAUGUCUUCUUCACCUCUAACCUAGUGAUCAUCAAUCUAGCACACAAUCACAAAUUUAAAAUCUCCACAUUCAAGUGACAUUGUUAUAUAUAUCCACAAUAAGUACUUUAUACUUGUAUAUGUAUAGAAGAAAACAUAAAAAAGAGUAAAACAUUCUUUACGUGGGUAAAAAUAGUAUUCUUGUUGUAAUGUAGUGCACACAUUGUUCAUGUGCUCAUAUGCACUAUUUUCCUUGUGCAUAAGUUAGUUAUUUUAUUAUUGUUUGCUA